AUGUUUCCUUUACGUAGAGCCACAGUUACUGCAGCUGGUGUUCUGACCCGGGAUGACAACAGGUGGAUAUGCCCGGCAUUCAGGGCAACAGUCGUGGUGGCAGUUGACGCACCGAGGGAUAUUUGCAAUGAGGCGGAGAUUAUGGCACUUACACAAAGCCAUGUUAUUCCUGAUCCUGACAUUCUGGACUGUUGGGUAACUCAAGUCCUUAGCGAAUGCUCAACGCUUCUGGUCUGGAAAGUGGGAGAUGUCUUCAAAUAUCUUCUCAGUUCUCUUUCGGUCUCGGUUAUUGCCAACUUCCUAGCAGUCACUCCUGGUUUCAGCCUGGGUUUGACCGUCCUUAUAUAA